GGUUCAGGUCUGGGUCUGGGUUUGGAUUCGGUUUCGGUUUUGGUUAGCGUGUCCUCAAGUUUUUAUCGAUUCCCCCCGCUCGCCUGAUCGAUGCGCCAUAUGUCGUCUAGCUAAACGGAUACACUUGCCACAGUUUGGCCGCAUGCCACAGGUUGGGGCAAAGUCAUUGACUUGAGUUUCGGCUGAUAAGAGACACUGAUAGCAACAAUUAAAUAGCAAUUGAUCGAACUGCAGCAAUGGACUGAAUUCAGUUUGCAGAGCAAAGCAAAGCAGAUAAGUUACGAAACGGAGAAACAGUAAAAAAAACGAGACAGACAGAGACAGAGACAGAGAAAACGAGAGAGAGAGAGAGAAGGAAGCUUGCUCAAUUAUAAGCAUUCAAGUUGUACUCAAAUGCGACUCAUUAUAGCCAUUAUGAGAAUGAGUUUCACACGGAUGACACACACAUCGAUGAAAGCCAGCAGUUGGCUGGCUUAUGCCCUCGGAUUUCUAAUGCUAAUAAUGCUGCCAGCCUGCUCCGCUGGUCCGCAUGAAAAGCGUUUGCUCCACGCCCUGCUGGACAACUACAAUAGCUUGGAGCGACCCGUGGUAAACGAAUCCGAUCCAUUGCAACUGAGCUUUGGCCUAACCUUAAUGCAAAUCAUCGAUGUGGAUGAAAAAAAUCAGUUGCUCAUAACAAAUAUUUGGCUUAAAUUGGAAUGGAACGAUAUGAAUCUGCGUUGGAAUUCAAGUGAAUUUGGCGGUGUACGCGAUUUACGUAUACCUCCACAUCGCUUAUGGAAACCAGAUGUGCUUAUGUAUAACAGCGCGGACGAGGGAUUCGAUGGCACCUAUGCCACCAAUGUGGUAGUCCGUAACAAUGGCAGCUGCCUCUACGUGCCACCCGGCAUCUUUAAGUCCACGUGCAAAAUUGACAUCACCUGGUUCCCCUUCGAUGAUCAGCGCUGUGAGAUGAAGUUUGGCUCCUGGACCUACGAUGGCUUUCAGUUGGAUCUACAAUUACAGGACGAAGCUGGUGGUGAUAUCUCAAGUUUCAUAACCAACGGUGAAUGGGACUUGUUAGGUGUGCCCGGUAAACGUAAUGAAAUCUACUAUAAUUGCUGCCCAGAACCUUAUAUUGACAUUACAUUCGCCAUUUUGAUACGACGCAAAACUUUAUACUAUUUUUUCAAUUUGAUUGUGCCGUGCGUAUUGAUCGCCUCGAUGGCAUUGCUAGGUUUUACACUGCCACCAGAUUCUGGUGAGAAGCUAUCGCUUGGAGUUACUAUUUUACUAUCGCUCACAGUCUUCCUGAAUAUGGUUGCGGAAACGAUGCCAGCGACAUCCGAUGCCGUUCCGCUGCUCGGAACUUAUUUCAAUUGCAUUAUGUUUAUGGUGGCCUCAUCAGUUGUGUCAACCAUACUUAUCCUCAAUUAUCAUCAUAGAAAUCCAGAUACGCAUGAAAUGAGUGAAUGGCUGAAAUCGAUUUAUGUCUCUUUUUGGGUUAGGGUUUGA